AUGCAGCUCUGGAGUUUGCUGCUGCCUCUUGCGCUUCUUUGUACAGCCGUAGCCAGUGGACCCGAAUGUGGGAUGGACGAGCGCUCCCGCAGGGCAAGAAGGGACACCAGGCACACCCGCCAGAUCCACUACACCGCCCCGGGCACCUGUGCCACCAGGUUAGCCCGAGGCAGGCGUUCCACUGCUAGUCUGGAGCCUCUGCCUGUCCCUCGCAGGAGGCAACAGCGGGAGGUAAAGGGCGAAGAGGAUUCCCUUACCCCAAGCAGGGUGCUCUAUUUUAGUGGACAAGGUGAUCAGCUGCGGCUGAAAGCAGAUAUUGAGCUGCCCAGAGAUGCCUUCACUUUGCAAGUGUGGCUGAGAGCUGAAGGAGGACAGAGAUCACCAGCUGUCAUUGCAGGAUUAUAUGACAAAUGUUCUUACACCUCCCGUGACCGAGGAUGGGUCCUGGGGAUUAAGACCGUCAGUGACCAGGGGAAUAGAGACCCCCGCUAUUUCUUCUCGCUGAGGACAGACCGUGCUCGCAAAGUCACCACCAUUGCCACUCAUCGCAGCUAUCUUCCCAACCAGUGGGUGCAUCUGGCUGCCACAUAUGAUGGGCACUUGAUGAAACUCUAUGUGAACGGAGCCCAGGUGGCCACGAGUGGGGAGCAAGUGGGCAAGAUCUUCAGCCUUCUGACCUUGAAGUGUAAAGUGCUCAUGAUUGGAGGAAAUGCCCUGAAUCAGAACUAUCGGGGUUACAUAGAACACUUCAAUCUCUGGAGGACAGCCCGGUCCCAGAAGGAGAUCUUGUUUGACAUGGGCCAGGUGAUUCAUGAACUAGACACCCCUCUACCUCAGCUAGUUCUUCAGGAGAGUUUACUGAAUGUGAAAAACACCUGGUCUCCCAUGAAGGAUGGCAGCAGUCCUCAGAUCGAAUUCAACUAUCACCAUGGCUACUUGUUGGAUACCAGUCUGGACCCUCCUCUUUGUGGGCAGACAGUCUGCGACAACGUGGAGGUGAUCACCAGCUACAACAAGCUCCCCCGCUUCCGCCGCAACAAGGUGGUGCGCUACCGAGUGGUGAACCUCUAUGACGACGCGUACCAGAACCCCACCGUCAGCCAGCAGCAGAUCGAGUUCCAGCACCAGCAGCUGAAUGAGGCCUUCAGCCGCUACAACAUCACUUGGGAGCUGGAAGUGCUGGACGUGAGGAACUCAUCCCUCCGCCGCCGCCUCAUCCUGGCCAACUGCGACAUCAGCAAGAUCGGAGAUGAGAACUGUGACCCCGAGUGCAACCACACGCUGACUGGGUACGAUGGAGGGGACUGCCGGCACGUGCGUCACGCCCUGUUCCACAAGAAGAAGCAGAAUGGCGUGUGCGACAUGGAUUGUAACUAUGAGAGGUACAACUUUGAUGGUGGGGAAUGCUGUAACCCGGAGAUAACUGAUGUAACCAAGACAUGUUUUGAACCAGAUUCUCCUUACAGAGCAUACUUGGAUGUCAACGAACUGAAGAACAUACUCAAACUCGAUGGAGCCACACACCUCAACAUCUUCUUCGCUAAUUCCUCUGAGGAAGAGCUGGCUGGAGUGGCGACCUGGCCAUGGGACAAGGAAGCCUUGAUGCAUCUAGGUGGCAUCGUGCUGAACCCUUCCUUCUACGGCAUCCCUGGCCACACACACACAAUGAUCCAUGAAAUUGGGCACAGCCUGGGGCUCUAUCAUGUCUUCCGGGGAAUCUCUGAGAUCCUCUCCUGCAGUGACCCGUGCAUGGAAACCGAGCCCUCCUUUGAGACUGGAGACCUCUGCGGCGACACCAACCCUGCUCCAAAGCACAAACUGUGUGGGGACCCUGGACCUGGCAAUGACACGUGCGGUUUUCACAGUUUCCUAAACACACCGUACAGCAACUUCAUGAGCUAUGCAGACGACGACUGCACCAAUUCCUUCACGCCCAAUCAGAUGGCAAGAAUGCACUGCUACUUGGAUCUGGUGUACCAGAGCUGGCAGCCUGUCAAGAAACCCUCUCCCAUUGCCAUUGCCCCGCAGAUCGUGGACCGAACUUCGAACUCCAUCACUCUGGAGUGGUUUCCUCCCGUUGACGGUCAUUUCUUUGAAAGAGAAGUGGGAUCAGCAUGCGAUCUGUGUACAGAAGGAAGAGUCCUGGUGCAAUAUGCCUUCGGUGCCUCUUCACCAAUGCCAUGUGAUCCAUCUGGGCACUGGAGUCCACGGGAAGCAGAAGGUCACCCUGAUGUAGAGCAACCUUGUAAACCCAGUGUCAGGACUUGGAGUCCCAACUCAGGGGUCCACCAGCACACAGUACCGCCAGUCUGUCCCGAGCCCCAGGGCUGCUAUCUGGAGCUAGAGUUCCGCUAUCCCUUGAUCCCAGAGUCCCUCACAGUCUGGGUGACAUUUGUCUCCACGGAUUGGGACUCCAGCGGAGCAGUGAAUGACAUCAAGCUUCUGACCGUCAGCGGGAAGAACAUCUCUCUGGGGCCCCAGAACGUCUUCUGCGACAUCCCUUUGACCAUCAAGCUGAAUGCCAAACAGGUGGGCGAGGAAGUGUACGGCAUCCAGAUCUACACCCUGGAUGAGCACCUGGAGAUUGAUGCGGCUAUGCUGAGCUCCAUCCCACGGAGCCUGCUGUGUGCAGACUGUAGACCCAUCCAGUACAAAGUGGUCCGGGACCCUCCCUUCCAGACUGGUUCUCCAUUUGUCAUCUCAAACCUCAGCAGGAGAUGCGUGGACAGGGAGUUGAGUGAUAGCGUCGUGUAUACGUACCAGGUUGCCGUUAUUUCUGGGACAGAGGAGAGUGAACCCUCCCCCAUGACUCUAUAUACUCAUGGAAGUGGAUACUGUGGAGAUGGGAUUAUCCAAAAAGAUUUGGGGGAAGAAUGUGAUGACAUGAAUAAGAUCAACGGCGAUGGCUGCUCCCUCUUUUGUCAGCAGGAGCUAUCCUUUAAUUGCCUUGACGAGCCCAGCAGGUGCUACUUCCAUGACGGUGAUGGUGUAUGUGAGGAGUUUGAGCAAAUGACCAGCAUCAAAGACUGUGGGGUUUAUACCCCCAAAGGCUUCCUGGACCAGUGGGCUUCCAACGUGUCAGUCUCGCAUAGUGACCAGGAGUGCCCAGGCUGGGUGGUCAUUGGCCAGCCAGCAGCAACUCAGGUGUGCCGAACCAAGGUGAUGGACCUGAGUGAUGUGGUGUCUAAAUAUGCCUGGUAUCCCUGCACAGCCAACUUACCGUAUUCCCAUAUGACUCAGACCAUUUUCUGGCUAAAGGCAUAUUUUUCUCAGCCCAUGGUAGCUGCUGCUAUCAUUGUCCACUUGGUCACCGAUGGAACACACUACCUGGAUCAGAAGCAGGAAACGAUCACUGUGCAACUGUUUGACACCAAGAAGCAAAACCAUGAUCUUGGUGUCCACGUUCUGAGCUGCAGGAACAAUCCCCUGAUUAUCCCUGUGAUCCAUGACCUCAGUCACCCCUUCUACCACACCCAGGCUGUCCUCAUUAGCUUCAGCUCCCCGUAUGUGGCCAUCUCUGGGGUGGCCCUCCGUUCCUUCCACAACUUCGACCCCAUCACCAUCAGCAGCUGUCAAAGAGGACAGACCUACAGCCCGGCAGAGCAGAGCUGUGUCCACUACUCCUGCGAAGCUACUGACUGUCAAGAGCUGCAGAUUGAGAAUGCUGUGCUGAACUGCACCAGUGGGGAGCUCUACAACGGUGCCCAGUGCAGUGUGAGUUGCAAGAUGGGCUACAUUCUGCAAGUACAGCGAGAUGAUGACCUCUUCAAGAGCCAGCUGGAGUCCAGCCUCACCAUGACUUGCACGGACGGGAAAUGGAACAAACAGGUGGCCUGUGAACCGGUGGACUGUGGCAUUCCAGACCAGUACCAUGUCUACCCAGCCACGUUCAACUGCAGCGAGGGUACCACCUUUGGAAAGAAAUGCUCCUUCAGUUGCCGACCUCCGGCCCUGCUGAAAGGAAACAACAGCAACUUAACAUGUAUGGAAGAUGGGCUAUGGUCCUUCCCCGAGGCCCUUUGUGAGCUGAUGUGUCGAGCUCCAUCUCUAGUUCCCAAUGCAGAUCUUCAGACCGCCCGUUGCCGUGAAGAUAAACACAAAGUGGGCUCCUUUUGCAAGUACAAAUGCAAACCGGGUUACCAUGUUCCUGGCUCCUCCAGGAAAGCAAAGAAGAGGGCCUUUAAGAUCCAGUGCAUGCAAGAUGGCACCUGGCUAGCUGGAGCGUGCGUGCCCGUCACCUGUGACCCUCCACCCUCGAAGUUCCAUGGGCUGUACCAGUGCACCAACGGCUUCCAGUUCAACAGCGAAUGCAGGAUCAAGUGUGAGGAAGACGACAAUCAAUCAGGACGUGGUAACAACGUGAUUCACUGCCGGAAGGAUGGCACUUGGAGCGGCUCCUUUCACCUCUGCAAGGAGAUGCAGGGCCAGUGCUCUCUUCCCACUCAGCUCAACAGCAACCUUAAGCUGCAUUGUGCGCACGGCUAUGGAAUAGGAGCCGAAUGCACCACCUCGUGUCCGGAUCACAACGAGCCCAUCCUGCUGCGUGUGAAUGAGACCGUACAAGACAUCCAGCACCGGAUGAACCCUCAACGAGUGAAGAGCGUUGUCUGCACAGCAGGACUCAAGUGGUAUCCGUACCCAGCGCUGAUUCACUGCAUCAAAGCCUGCGACCCUUUCAUGGGGGACAACUACUGUGAUGCUAUCAAUAACCGAGCCUUCUGCAACUAUGAUGGUGGGGACUGCUGCACCUCAACGGUCAAGACCAAAAAGGUUAUUCCUUUCCCUAUGUCCUGUGACCUACAAGCAGAAUGUGCUUGCCUAGACCCCAACGCUCAAGAGAACAGUCAGAAGGAUGUACGCAGCUUCAAUCGCGGGUAA